UCUCUCGCAUCCCUAGCUACAAACAACUCCCUUGCAUUUGGAGACCGACCUAUUGCUAUUUGUCACAGUAGUAGUACAACAAGCGCCACCGGUAAGAUGGAAUUCCAGGGGCAGCAGGGCAACCGCGUGGACCAGCACGGCAACCCGGUCGCCGCCGCACCUGGAGCCACCGCCGUGACGGGGGCGCCCGCCGGCGGGCAGCUGCAGCCCGGCAGGGAGGAGCACAAGACCCGCGGCAUACUCCACCGGUCCAGCAGCUCCAGCUCCAGCUCGUCCGAGGACGAUGGCAUGGGUGGACGGAGGAAGAAGGGCAUCAAGGAGAAGAUCAAGGAUAAGCUUCCCGGGGCUCGCAAGCAGACUUACGGCCAGCCCGCCGCGCCCGCGGGCAUGACCGGCACCGGGGCGACCGGCGGCCCUUACUACGUGCAGCCCGCUCCGGCUGGCACCGGAGCGCACGGGACCACGGCGACGACCGGCACCUACGGGCAGCCCGCUCCGGCUGGCAUGACCGGCACCGGGGCGCACGGGACCACGGCGACUGGUGAGAAGAAGGGCAUGAAGGACAAGAUCAUGGAGAAACUCCCGGGAGGUCACAAGAACGAGCAGCACACCAUGCCCACCGCCGGCGCCUACGGACAGCCCGGGAUGACUGGCACCGGAGUGCAUGGGAACACCGCUCCCGGUGGGGGCUAUGGUGGUCAGCCAGGGCACGCUGGUAUGAUCGGCACUGGAACGCAUGGGAGCGGGACAACGGGCGGUCCUUACGAUCAUCAAGGGCACCCCGGAGUGACCGGCACCGGAGCACACGGGACCACGGCGACCGGCGGUGCUUACAACCAGCAAGGUCACGCUGGGGUGACAGGCACCGGCGAGAAGAAAGGUAUUAUGGGCAAGAUCAAGGAAAAGCUGCCUGGCCAGCACUAGGCGCCAGUCAGCGUGUUUGUGAACAAUAGGUACGAGCGGAGGUGGAGCAAUAAGCCGAUAAGUGGCUCACGUUUGUGUGUAGCGUUGGAGUAGUUGGUAUGCUGCAGUACUGUACUGUGACGUAGUGCGGAUGACACGUGGAGUCAGGUGCUAGAGUCCACACGACAGCGAUCGUAUCGUACUGCAGAAGAUCUCAACCCUAUGUCGAUGUAUGAGCAUGUUGUAAGUUGUAACCGUUGUGUGAAGUUUCACUAUGUUAAAUAUUACUUUGUGUGCGCACAAUAAUGAUGCA